UCUUCGAUUCCGAAAAAAUAAAAUAAAAUAAAAGGUAACACCAUCACUGACCCAACACUAACACGAAAACAAAAUCAAAAGCCAAAAGAGAGGAUGGAUAAGAUAGAGCACCAAACUGUAGCCACAAAUGGCAUAAACAUGCACAUAGCAUCAAUUGGUACAGGCCCAGUAAUCCUAUUCCUCCAUGGCUUCCCUGAGCUCUGGUACUCAUGGAGACACCAGCUCCUAUCUCUCUCCUCCCUUGGAUACCGUUGCAUAGCCCCUGACCUUCGUGGUUACGGUGAUACUGACGCGCCGAAGAAUGUUAGAGAGUACACAAUAUUCCACAUCGUGGGCGACCUUGUAGGGUUGAUAGACUCUCUGGGCAUUGAUAAGGUGUUUUUGGUGGGCCAUGAUUGGGGGUCAACGGUGGCUUGGUAUUUUUGCUUGUUGAGGCCUGACAGAAUUAAGGCCUUGGUUAACAUGAGUGUUGUGUUUCAGCCCAGGAAUCCACACAAGAGUUCUGUUCAGAUAAGCAGAGAAUUAUUUGGUGAUGAUUUUUAUAUCUGCAGGAUUCAGGAACCUGGAGAGGUUGAAGAAGACUUCGCUCAAAUGGAUACUGCAAGUAUAAUUACAAGAUUUCUGACCUCUCGUGAUCCAAAGCCGCCUUGUAUACCUAAAGAAGUAGGAUUCAGAGGUAUACCUUACAAUCCAAAUUUGCCUUCUUGGCUGUCAGAAAAAGACAUCAACUAUUAUGCUGGCAAAUUCAAUCAGACAGGCUUCACUGGAGGAUUGAACUACUAUCGAUGCUUGGACCUAAACUGGGAGCUGAUGGCAGCAUGGACUGGGUUACAAAUUAAAGUACCCGUUAAGUUUAUCGUGGGUGAUGUGGACCUUACCUAUCAUAUUCCUGGAGUUAAAGAAUACAUAAGCAAAGGUGGCUUGAAAAAAUAUGUUCCCUUCUUGCAAGAAGUAGUUGUAAUGGAAGGAGUAGCUCACUUUCUCAACCAAGAAAAGCCAGAGGAAGUUAGCGAACACAUAUACGAUUUCAUCAAGAAGUUUUAAUCAGCAGUGAUAUCUCCUGCAUGCUUCUUUCAAGUUCUUAAUCUGCAAGGCUUGAUUGUUUGCUUUUACUGGACGUGAUGCUCAACUCGACGGGGUGGCCUUAAAGUUAGCACAUAGGUUGUACAAAAUAAAUAAGCUGACAGUGAAUUAAACCACCUGUUCCUGAUGAGUUACUGUAUCCCAUAACAGGAUUAUUAUACUCUUGGACUGUUCUGUCUC